AUGGCUAAAUUUGUUUGUGCGUUUCUUUUCAUGCUUGUCACAACUUGUGUGAUCCAAAAUGUCUAUGCCGGCGGGGAAGGAUCACUUCGUCCAGAACAAUGCGCGGGUGCAUGCGAUGUUCGUUGUUCGGCAACACAGUACCACAAGGCAUGUGAAACCUAUUGUAAUUACUGUUGUGCAAAAUGUUUGUGUGUUCCAUCAGGAACAUAUGGUCACAAGGAAGAAUGUCCAUGCUAUGCUAACAUGAAAACUAAGAGAGGAGGACCUAAAUGUCCCUAA